UUUUGUACUUUUUAGUUUAAUAUCUGACAUGGACUGAACUACAUAGGCUAUGUAUGUAUAAAAUAAUUUUAUAGACAACUUCAUUCAUCAUGGCAAUGGAAGUCACUAUGCAAGAGGGUAGUGGACUGCCAUUGGAAGACAGAAUAUUGGCAAUGUGUGCUGAAUAUCCUAAAGGAAUCGGUGAUGAGUUCAUUCAGAAGAAAGAACCUCAAAUUGACUCGAAGGAAAGAGUUGCUGCAAUCAACAAGUUGCUUACAAUGGGAAAGAUAGAACUUCUGAAAGGAACUUCUGGAUUGAUAUACAGAUUGAAAUGUACAACCGGAGCAAGCCAAAUCAAAGGAAUUGACAAUCAAGAUAAACUUGUGUAUCAAGUUAUAGAAAGUGCUGGUAAUAAAGGAAUAUGGAUUCGAGAUAUUCGACACAGAUGUAAUUUAAUGUUGACGGAAGUUAACAAAAUAUUGAAGAAUUUAGAAAACAGGAAAUUGAUCAAAGCUGUCAAAUCUGUCACGGCUUCAAAAAAGAAAGUAUACAUGCUUUUCAAUCUUGAACCUGAUAGUUCAAUAACUGGUGGAGCAUGGUAUUCUGGACAAGAUUUUGAAUCCGAAUUCGUUGAUGUUUUGAAUCAACAAUGUUACAAAUUUCUUCAACAAAAAGAGGAGAGCGCUGCAAGUGAGACUGCUAUUAGCCCAAAUGCAAGACAAGCUGCUUCUUAUGCAUCUUCUGAAGAAGUUUUAAAUUUUAUUUCAAACUUGGGAAUCAGCAAGGUCAAGUUGUCAGUUGAAGAUAUUGAAACAAUAUUGAACACCUUGAUUUAUGAUAGUAAGGUAGAAAUGAUGGUUGUAGGAACUAAAGAUGGAACAAACAAAUUAUACAAAGCUGUACAUUCUCUUGUUGAAGCAACUGACAUGACAAGAGCCCCGUGUGCAGUUUGUCCUGUAUUUGAUCAAUGUCGACCUGGUGGUGUUGUAUCACCAGAAAAAUGCGUCUACAUGAGUGAAUGGAUGGAAUACUGAGCAUGUCCAAGUUGAAAAAAAGUUGUGGCCCUAAUCGUCUGCCUUGUGGUAUUCUACAAUGCAUUGCCUGUCAAGCACGAGUUGAAGCUGAUAUUUCAUCUCCAAGGGGCAUUAGGAGUUGUUAAAGUUGCAUGAUGAAGGUGCAUUCUAGUUAUGGAGCCCUAUCGGCUAUAAUAUUCAAGGGAACGCAUGGUGUGGUUAAAAGGAAAACUGUUUUGGUGAUAGUCGAAAGGAGGUCCAAUUCAGCAUUUGGACUGUUAAAUUUGAAAAUAUUGUAUUUUCACUCAUUGAAUAAAUUUUAAAUAUCGGAUU